AUGUACAAAGGGAAAAGAAAGUACAUUGAAAUUUGGCAGAAAGUUGAAAUUGCUGAAUUUUACAUUCAACACCAAAAUGAGAUGAGCAUGAGAGAUGUUGCUGCAAAGUUUCAUGUCAACUCCUUUAGCUCGAUUUCCGAAUGGGUGAAUAAGCUUGAUGAGUUGAAGAAAUCAGUAAAAUCUGAUAAAAAAAUUAAAAUUAGAAAGCUUCACUCAAUUUCCAGAGCUAGAGAAAGAACUAGUUCAUUGGUUUACUGCAAUCCGUGAGCAAGGUAUUCAGGUUCUCAGAUCAACGAUUGAGGAGAAAGCAAAAAGUUUGGCGGCAGAAAUGGGAUUGGCGCGAUUCGGCUGUGGAGAUAA